CACGGGCACCUCCUCUUCUCACACCAAGAGCAUCUCCGCGACGUCGGCCGAGCCCACAACGGGCACCUCCUCCUCUCCCAGCGAGAGCAGCCACACGACCAUGGCUGAGACAAGAAGAACCUCCUCCUCUCCCAGUGAGAGUAUCUCCAUGACCUCGGUCGAACCCACCACGGGCACCUCUUCCUCUCCCAGCGAGAGCAGCCAUACAACCUCGGCCGAGAGCUCCACGGACACCUCCUCUUCUCACACCGCGAGGAUCUCCGUGACCUCGGCCGAGCCCACAAUGGGCACCUCCUCCUCUCCCAGCGAGAGCAGCCACACGACCUCGGUCGAACCCGCUACAGGCACGUCCUCGUCGCCCAAGCAGAGUACCCACAUGACCACGACCGAGUCCACCACUGGCACCUCUUCCUCUGCCAGUGAGAUCAGCCGUACAACCUCGGUCAAACCCACCAUGGGCAUCUCCUCCUCUCCCAGCGAGAUCAGCCACACGACCUCAGCCGUGUUCACCACGGGCAUCACCUCCUCUGCAAGCAAGACAAGCCACACGACCGUGGCUGAGAGCUCCACGGGCACCUCCUCUUCUCGCACCGAGAGCAUCUCUGCGACCUCGGCCGAGCCCAACACUGGCACCUCCUCCUCUCCCAGCAAGACAAGCCACAGGACCUCGGCCGAGACUACCGGAGGUACCUCUUCCUCUCCCAGCGAGAGCAGCCAUACAACCUCGGUCGAACCCACCACGGGCCUCUCCUCCUCUCCCAGCGAGAGCAGCCAUACAACCUCAGUCGAACCCACCACGGGCCUCUCCUCCUCUACCAGCGAGAGCAGCCAUACCACCUCGGUCGAACCCACCAUGGGCCUCUCCUCCUCGCCCAGCGAGAGCAGCCGCACGACCUCUGCCAAGAGCUCCAUGGGCACCUCCUCUUCUCACACCGAGAGCAUCUCCUCGAUCUCGGCCGAGCCCAAAACGGGCACCUCCUCCUCUCCCAGCGAGAGCAGCCACACGACCAUGGCUGAGACCACAAUGGGAACCUCUUCCUCUCCCAGCGAGAGCAGACACACAACCGUGGCCGAGACCACAACGAGCACUUACUCCACUCCCAGCCUGAACAGCCCCACAACCUCGGCCGAGCCCAACACUGGCACCUCCUCCUCUCCCAGCGAGAGCAGCCACACGACCUCGGCCGAGAUUAUGACAGGUACCUCUUCCUCUCCCAGCGAGAGCAGCCACACGACCUCGGCCGAGAGCUCCACGGGCACCUCCUCUUCUCACACCGAGAACAUCUCCGCGACCUCGGCCGAGCCCACUAUGGGCACCUCCUCCUCUCCCAGCGAGAGCAGCCCCAUGACCUCUGCCAAGAGCUCCACGGGCACCUCCUCUUCUCACACCGAGAGCAUCUCCGUGACCUCGGCCGAGCCCACAAUGGGCACCUCCUCCUCUCCCAUCAGGACAAGCCACAGGACCGCGGCAGAGACUACCAGAGGUACCUCUUCCCCUCCCAGUGAGAGCAGCCCCACGACCUCUGCCAAGAGCUCCACGGGCACCUCCUCUUCUCACACCGAGAGCAUCUCCGCGACCUCGGCCGAGCCCACAACGGGCACGUCCUCCUCUCCCAGCGAGAGUAUCUCCACUACCUCGGCCGAACCCACCACGGGCACCUCCUCCUCUGACAGCGAGAGCAGCCACACGACCGUGGCUGAGACUACAACAGGAACCUCCUCCUCUGCAAGCAAGACAAACCACACGACCUCAGCCGAGAGCUCAACAGGCACCUCCUCUUCUCACACCGAGAGCAUCUCCGUGACCUCGGCCGAGCCCACAAUGGGCACCUCCUCCUCUCCCAGCGAGAGGAGCCACACGACCAUGGCUGAGACAACAAGAACCUCCUCCUCUCCCAGCGAGAGUAUCUCCACGACCUCGGCCGAACCCACCACAGGCACCACCUCUUCGUUGCCCAAGCAGAGUAGCCAAACGACUUCUGCAGAGUCCACCAUUGGUACCUUUUACUCUCGCAGUGAGAGCAGCCAUACGACCGUGGCUGAGACCACAAUGGGAACCUCUUCCUCUCCCAGCGAGAGCAGACACACAGCCGUGGCCGAGACCACAACGAGCACUUACUCCACUCCCAGCCUGAACAGCCCCACAACCUCGGCCGAGCCCAACACUGGCACCUCCUCCUAUCCCAGCGAGAGCAGCCACACGACCUCGGCCGAGAGCUCCACGGGCACCUCCUCUUCUCACACCGAGAGCAUCUCCGCGACCUUGGCCGAGCCCACCACGGGCACCACCUCUUCGUUGCCCAAGCAGAGUAACCAAACGACUUCUGUAGAGGCCACCACUAGCACCUUUUACUCUCGCAGCGAGAGGAGCCAUACGACCGUGGCUGAGACCACAAUGGGAACCUCCUCCUCUCCCAGCGAGAGCAGCCCUACGACCUCAGUCGAACCCGCUACAGGCACGUCCUCGUCGCCCAAGCAGAGUACCCACAUGACCGCGACCGAGUCCACCACUGGCACCUCCUCCUAUCCCAGCGAGAGCAGCCACACAACCUCAGCCGUGUUCACCACGGGCACCACCUCUUCUGCAAGCAAGACAAGCCACACGACCUCAGCCAAGAGCUUCACGGGCACCUCCUCUUCUCACACCGAGAGCAUCUCCGCGACCUCGGCCGAGCCCAACACUGGAACUUCCUCCUCUCCCAGCAAGACAAGCCACAGGACCUCAGCCGAGACUGUCGGAGGUACCUCUUCCUCUCCCACCGAGAGCAGACAUACGACCCUUGCCGAGACCACAAUGCCCAGUUCUUCCACUCCCAGCCUGAACAGCCCCACAACCUCGGCCGAGCCCAACACUGGCUCCUCCUCCUCUCCCAGCGAGAGCAGCCAUACAACCUCAGUUGAACCCACCACGGGCAGCACCUCUUCUGCCAGCGAGAGCAGCCACACGACCGUGGCUGAGACCACAACAGGAACCUCCUCCUCUGCAAGCAAGACAAGCCACACGACCUCUCCCGAGAGCUCCAUGGGCACCUCCUCUUCUCACACCGAGAGCAUCUCCGCGACCUCGGCCAAGCCCAACACUGGAACCUCCUCCUCUCCCACCAGGACAAGCUACAGGACCGCGGCAGAGACUACCGGAGGUAUCUCUUCCUCUCCCAGCGAGAGCAGCCAUACAACCUCGGUUGAACCCACCAUGGACCCCUCCUCCCCUCCCAGCGAGAGCAGCCAUACAACCUCGGUCGAACCCACCACGGGCACCUCCUCCUCUCCCAGCGAGAGCAGCCCUACGACCUCUGCCAAGAGCUCCACGGGCACCUCCUCUUCUCACACCGAGAGCAUCUCCGCGACCUCGGCCAAGCCCAACACUGGAACCUCCUCCUCUCCCAGCGAGAGCAGCCAUACAACCUUGGUCGAACCCACCACGGGCACCACCUCUUCUGCCAGCGAGAGCAGCCACACGACCAUGGCUGAGACCACAACAGGAACUUCCUCCUCUGCAAGCAAGACAAGCCACACGACCUCAGCCGAGAGCUCCACGGGCACCUCCUCUUCUCACACCGAGAGCAUCUCAGCAACCUCGGCCAAGCCCACCACGGGCACCACCUCUUCGUUGCCCAAGCAGAGUAGCCAAACGACUUCUGCAGAGUCCACCACUGGCACCUUUUACUCUCGCAGCGAGAGCAGCCAUAUGACCGUGGCUGAGACCACAAUGGGAACCUCCUCCUCUCACAGCGAGAGCAGCCACACGACCUCAGUCGAACCCGCCACAGGCACGUCCUCGUCGUCCAAGCAGAGUACCCACAUGACCGCGACCAAGUCCACCACUGGCAACUCUUCCUCUGCCAGUGAGAGCAGCCGUACAACCUCGGUCAAACACACCACGGGCACCUCUUCCUCUGCCAGUGAGAGCAGCCGUACAACCUCGGUCAUACCCACCACUAGCACCUCUUCCUCUGCCAGUGAGAGCAGCCGUACAACCUCGGUCAAACCCACCACGGUCAUCUCCUCCUCUCCCAGCGAGAGCAGCCACACGACCUCAGCCGUGUUCACCACGGGCACCACCUCUUCUGCAAGCAAGACAAGCCACACGACCUCAGCCAAGAGCUCCACGGGCACCUCCUCUUCUCACACCGAGAGCAUCUCCGCGACCUCGGCCAAGCCCAACACUGGAACCUCCUCCUCUCCCAGCAAGACAAACCACAGGACCUCAGCCGAGACUGCCGGAGGUACCUCUUCCUCUCCCAGCGAGAGCAGCCAUACAACCUCGGUCGAACCCACCACGGGCCCCUCCUCCCCUCCCAGCGAGAGCAGCCAUACGACCUCUGCCAAGAGCUCCACGGGCACCUCCUCUUCUCACACCGAGAGCAUCUCCGUGACCUUGGCCGAGCCCACAAUGGGCACCUCCUCCUCUCCCAGCCAGAGGAGCCACACGACCAUGGCUGAGACAACAAGAACCUCCUUCUCUCCCAGCGAGAGUAUCUCCACUACCUCGGCCGAACCCACCACGGGCACCUCCUCCUCUGACAGCGAGAGCAGCCACACGACCAUGGCUGAGACUACAACAGGAACCUCCUCGUCUGCAAGCAAGACAAGCCACACGACCUCAGCCGAGAGCUCAACAGGCACCUCCUCUUCUCACACCGAGAGCAUCUCCGUGACCUCGGCCGAGCCCACAAUGGGCACCUCCUCCUCUCCCAGCCAGAGGAGCCACACGACCAUGGCUGAGACAACAAGAACCUCCUCCUCUCCCAGCGAGAGUAUCUCCACGACCUCGGCCGAACCCACCACGGGCACCACCUCUUCGUUGCCCAAGCAGAGUAGCCAAACUACUUCUGCAGAGUCCACCAUUGGCACCUUUUACUCUCGCAGUGAGAGCAGCCAUACGACCCUGGCUGAGACCACAAUGGGAACCUCUUCCUCUCCCAGCGAGAGCAAACACACAACCGUGGCCGAGACCACAAUGAACACUUACUCCACUCCCAGCAUGAACAGCCCCACAACCUUGGCCGAGCCCAACACUGGCACCUCCUCCUCUCCCAGCGAGAGCAGACAUACGACCCUGGCCGAGACCACAAUGCCCAGUUCAUCCACUCCCAGCCUGAACAGCCCCAUAAUCUCGGCCGAGCCCAACACUGGCCCCUCCUCCUCUCCCAGCGAGAGCAGCCAAAGAGCCUCGGUCGAACCCACCACGGGCACCACCUCUUCUGCCAGCGAGAGCAGCCACACGACCGUGGCUGAGACCACAACAGGAACCUCCUCCUCUGCAAGCAAGACAAGCCACACAACCUCAGCCGAGAGCUCCACGGGCACCUCCUCUUCUCACACCGAGAGCAUCUCCGCCACCUCGGCCGAGCCCAACACUGGAACCUCCUCCUCUUCCAGCAGGACAAGCCACAGGACCGCGGCAGAGACUACCGGAGGUACCUCUUCCUCUCCCAGCGAGAGCAGCCAUACAACCUCGGUCGAACCCACCACGGGCACCACCUCUUCUGCCAGCGAGAGCAGACACACGACCGUGGCUGAGACCACAAUUGGAACUUCCUCCUCUGCAAGCAAGACAAGCCACACGACCUCAGCCGAGAGCUCCACGGGCACCUCCUCUUCUCGCACCGAGAGCAUCUCCGCGACCUCGGCCGAGCCCAACACUGGAACCUCCUCCUCUCCCAGCAAGACAAGCCACAGGACCUCGGCCGAGACUACCGGAGGUACCUUUUCCUCUCCCAGCGAGAGCAGCCAUACAACCUCGGUCGAACCCACCACGGGCCUCUCCUCCUCUCCCAGCGAGAGCAGCCAUACCACCUCGGUCGAACCCACCAGGGGCACCUCCUCCUCGCCCAGCGAGAGCAGCCCCACAACCUCUGCCAAGAGCUCCACGGGCACCUCCUCUUCUCACACCGAGAGCAUCUCCUCGACGUCGGCCGAGCCCAAAAUGGGCACCUCCUCCUCUUCCAGCGAGAGCAGCCACACGACCUCGGCCGAGAUUAUGACAGGUACCUCUUCCUCUCCCAGCGAGAGCAGCCACACGACCUCGGCCGAGAGCUCCACGGGCACCUCCUCUUCUCACACCGAGAGCAUCUCCGCGACCUCGGCCGAGCCCACUAUGGGCACCUCCUCCUCUCCCAGCGAGAGCAGCCCCAUGACCUCUGCCAAGAGCUCCACGGGCACCUCCUCUUCUCACACCGAGAGCAUCUCCGCGACCUCGUCCGAGCCCACAAUGGGCACCACCUCCUCCGCCAGCGAGAGCAGCCACACGACCAUGGCUGAUACGACAAGAACCUCCUCCUCAGCCAGUGAGAGUAUCUCCACGACCUUGGCCAAACCCACCACGGGCACCACCUCUUUGUUGCCCAAGCAGAGUAGCCAAACGACUUCUGCAGAGUCCACCACUGGCACCUUUUACUCUCGCAGCGAGAGCAGCAACACCACCCUGGCCGAGACCACAAUGCCCACUUCUUCCACUCCCAGCCUGAACAGCCCCACAACCUCGGCCGAGCCCAACACUGGCCCCUCCUCCUCUCCCAGCGAGAGUAGCCAUACAACCUCGGUCGAACCCACGACGGGCACCACCUCCUCUCUCAGCGAGAGUAGCCACACGACCGUGGCUGAGACCACAACGAGCACUGACUCCACUCCCAGCCUGAGCACUAACACGGUCUCAGCUGAGACCACCACUGGCACCUCCUCUUCUCCCAGCGAGAGCAGCCACACGACCAUGGGUGAGGGCACAACGGUAACCUCGUCCUCUUCAAGGAAGAGCAUCUCUACGACCUCAUCUGAGUCUACCCCUGGCACCUCCUCCUCUACCCGCAAGAGCAACCACACGACCUUGGCUGAGUCCAGCACUAGCAUCUUGUCCUCUACUGGUGAGAGAAGCCCCGCUACCUCAGCUGAGCCCACCACAGACACCUCCUCCUCUCUCCUCACUUUCAGUGAAUAUGCAAGCAGUGAGGCUUCCAUGGCAACCUCCCUACCGGUCCUGAGCACAGCCGAAAUUUCCACAAGGGAGGAAAGUCUGACGACGGCUUCCCAGUCUACUCUGACAGCAUUGUCCAGUGAAAGUCCCAUGAGGACGACUGUCACACAACCAGCGGUCUCUGAAUUCACCUCCAAUGAGACAACCAUGACAUUGGUUCCUCCCCAUCCAACUGGUACUGAAUUUACAACACCUUCUUGA